AACUAAGAGUUAGCAACUAAUGCGAGCAUCUUUCAUUUUCUACAUCGUACUCUCCGCUGUCGCCUUUGAGGUCAUCUCUGCUCGCUAUGUCUGUCACCAUCUCCCAACCUCGACGCUAACCUAGAGAUACAGCACGGCGAGGAGCGUAUCGCCCACCGUCGUCAGUUUAAGGACACUAAGAGACAGAGACAAGGCGGAAAUAACAACACUGGCGCUGGCGUUGGUGGUAAUGCAAACAACAACAACAAUGAAGAUCCUCAGACUUCACUCAGUGAGCCUCUCAGGCUCCCUCUAACACUCCUCACAUACACCAGGACUCGACCCCGAUCUUGUUAUGCCGGGUCUGGCACAGGACGGACAGCAAGCCGGUGCAGAGGCUGGCCAAGUCGCUUCACUCACUUCGACCAAUAACUUUAUCAACUUCUGCUUAACUGAGCCUGAUUUACCGCUCACAAACGGCAUGCAAGUUAGGGGCGGCUCAUGUAAUCCAGUACCAAUAGGAGUUGUAGCACCCACCAACAAAAUGCCUUCAGCUAAGUUCGUUAACCCCAAGAAUGGCGAUACAAUCCCUGCCAAUCAGGACUUUACAAUCCAAAUGGCAGUACGCAAUAUCGACACAGGUAAUUUCGUCAACCCAAACACAAACUACUUUGCUGCACCACAAACUACCAACAAUAAUGGAAUUAUCGUUGGACAUAGUCACGUCGUCGUUGAGGAGCUUCCAAAUCUGGAGACAACGCAGCCAUUAGAUCCAACAAACUUCGCCUUCUUUAAAGGACUCAAUGAGGAAGCACAGAAUGGAGUUCUGACCGCUCAAGUUUCUAAAGGCUUGCCAGCAGGUGAUUAUCGCAUGUGCAGUAUCAAUUCAUCUGCAAAUCAUCAACCAGUCAUAGUUGCAGUGGCACAACAUGGUUCAUUGGACGAUUGUUCAUACUUCACAGUACAAUGAAUGGACCACCACUAUGUUUGCAAUAAACUCGCAUUAUAAUUGUAUUAUGAUGAUGUAUU